AAGAGGAAAGGAAAGGAGGAACGGGAGAGUGAUGGCGGCUGUGGUCGCUCUUCGGAAUGGUCUAGGGAGGAAAAAGUUGACACACUUGGCAACGGCUGCUGUCUGCGUUAAAGGUCCCGGCACUCACGAGGUGCUGUGGAGAAGAGGUUGUUCACAAUAUAGACAGGAAACCAGCAAUGAAGACCUGCCUGUUCCAAUGGAAAAUCCAUAUAAGGAGCCUCUUAAAAAAUGUGUCUUGUGCGAGAAACGUGUAGAUUAUAAGAAUGUACAGCUUUUGUCCCAGUUUAUUUCUCCAUUUACUGGAUGCAUUUAUGGAAGGCACAUAACAGGUCUUUGUGGGAAGAAACAGAAAGAAGUCUCAAAAGCAAUUAAGAGAGCUCAAAUAAUGGGGUUUAUGUCAGUUACGUACAAGGAUCCUGCAUAUCGCAAAGACCCUAAAGUUUGUAACAUCAAAUAUCGGGAAUAAAUUACAUAAGAAACCAAAACCAGGACGAGUAAAGGUUAAGCAGCAACAGUGAUUUACAUAGGAAGCCCAAUCACUAGACUUCAUACAAUACAGAAAAGUCCCUGGCCCCCCACCAAAUGGUGAGUGAAUAUAUACUUUUCCUUUAUAUUAAAAUGAAAGUGGGCCUGUUGGUAAAAGGAGUCAGAACCCACAUGGCCAACCAGCUGUUCAAAUUCUUGCUCUGGUGGCUUGAAAAACACACCAGGUGUGCGUAUGUGCAUGCUCAAAAUCCCAACAGGAUGGAGAAAUGAAGAAGGGACUGUUACAUAACCCUCACUCCCCCCCUUCACCCUUGGGGGAGCUCUUCACUCUCCCUCUCUCUGGUGAGUGUACAUACUCUGGCAAAUUAAAAAAGAAAACAAAAGCUUUAUAAUAGACAUGCCCAUGUAUGUAUAUGUCCUUGUAUCAUUUCUGAGUCCCAAUUUAACUUGCUUUUCGGUUCCUUGAUCACCUGCGAAUUCCAAACACUGAAUGACCUUUGGAUUCAGUAGAUUUUGUGUAGAGGACUCUAGGGAGAGAUUAGUGUUUGUGCUGUGUUACAGUUGUGCUCUAAUUAUGGCUGCCGAAUUUAGCAAA